CAUGUUAAGUGAGCCAGAUGGCAGGGGUGUGAGAGCAGAGGGAAGUCAAGUCAACUACUAGAUAACGUUACAGAUAGCUAUGAAAUCAACUUCUUUAGCUAGUAACCUCAGCUAGCUAACUUGCACGUCUACCUUGUGAAAGCUCAUGUCUCCGAAGUAGUCCGAACAACCUGGCUCGUGACGUGUUAGCAACAGGUUUACCUCUGACUGACCGACCACAUCGCAGUGCGAUUGACCGGGUUUUGGUUGAAGAAAAUAGUUAUCUAGCUCGCUAGGUCCCUGGAGGGGAAUAAGCAUAAACACGACAGGUGGGUGGAUGGAUUUUCAGUUAAGCUCUUCCUACUCCUUACUCGUGUGAUAUGACAUCACUGCAUGGUUACCACAGAAAACAGGGCUCAGUUCAGACGGUUGACAGCCAGUCAGGUGUUUUUCACAGGGAUGGCUGCACAAGUGGAGGUACAGACUGGGGAGGUGGGAAGGACAGGUGUAGGGGGGCGACUGCACCUCAGCCCUCUGGCUGACUCCAGCAACAAUAGCCUAACAGAGGGCCCAUCCAACACCCAGGGCUCCCUCAUCAUCACUCCAGAGUCCAGUAAGCCUGUCCCUGCACGCAAACCACGGCUCACUCCCAAACCUUUCGCUGUGGAGAAAACCCCCACCAUCCGGCCCAUACUUGCUCCUAAGCCUAAUACCAAGCCCCGACCAGAGCCCACUCGCCCUACUUUUUACAAACCUGACCCUCCCAACGGCCCAAAACCUCAGCACCCGAACGUUACCAGCAAACACAGGCCAGUGUCGACCAACCAUAACCGUCCUGCUCCUACCUCCUACAAACCCUCUCCCAAGUUGAGCAUGGGACAAACCACCAAGCCUGUAGCCCAGCCCUUCAAACCCGCCCCUCUAACACUUGGGGACCACAGCAAACCAACUCCUUCUCAACCGAUGGGGCGUCAGAAACCAGCUGCGGCAGGCUUGUCCCACUCACAAGGCCCUAAGAAACCCCCUUCAGUGGAAUGUUCCGGAUCCACCAAGCAGGAGAAGGAAUGUGGCAAAACAGCAUCCCAUAUCAGAGCUGGAGGAGCCUAUUUGACCAGAGCCAAGUCAAUGGGCUUCCUCCGUCAGAUAGGGCUAGAGGGGGAGGAGAGGAAGAAGGAUGAAGGGCCAGAGGUCACAGUUCAACUCCGAACCCAGUCUACAGGCUCCAGGCCUAGACCUGUGUCUGCUAUCUUCCUACCCUCUCCCACUCAGGCUGAGUCGUCCACCCCAGCUGAUCGCUGGGUCGGGAGACGGCCCCUUUCAGCCGACCUCACCUCCAAGUUUGAGUCCAUUGGCCUGUCUCUGCACCGUGGCUCUCCUGCCAAGACUGGCAGCAAGGAAAACAGUCCAGAGGAGGGAGCACUGCUACGGAGGAGAGAGGGGGAGAUGGGAGCAGAGGGGACCAUUGCUACACCACAGGCCCCAGACAGCAAGCCUUCAGCCCUAGCACAGGGGAGUGAGAAGAAAAAAGAGGAAGAGAAGGAUGAGCGAAAGGGUGGAGGAAGCAUUAAGAGACGGAUCAGUCUCUUGCUCGAUUCCUCUUCUUCCUCUCCUGUGGUUCCUCUCCGUGUUGCUGCCCAAGGACCGGAGUCUUCCUCUCCAGUGCAGCCAGUCCCAGAGGCAGAUGUACCACAGGGUGGUGUUAAACAGCGAAUCAAGAAGCUAAUAGAAGAUACUGUUACGCCACCUGCUCAGACCCUGGCUGUUAAACCCCGCCCUCUGCCCCCUGACCUGACCAAAAGGUUUGGCUCUGAGAAGUCCACAGACCUCGGCAGUCCCUCUCCUAGUAAGGCGACAGACCGCCAUGAGAGUGACACUGAUCCUCAAGGGAGGGGGCAGGACUCAGUCUUCAUCUUCAGUGACCAAAGGAAGGUAGAUGAACACACCAGAGAGUCCAAAGAGCAGCCCACCCAGACCUUUUCUGACCCCUCAGCUGGAAGGACUGUGGCACAGCAGGGCCUGGAGAUUGAGGCCCAGGAGAGCCACCCGAGCAGUGGGGUGCAGACUGUGCGAGCAGCCCUGUUUGAGAAUGUGGUGGAGAGACACAGCGUGCUGGUGAUGGAGGAGGACAGAGCGCAGAACAACACAAAGAGCUGUCCCAAGAGAAGUGUCUCUCUCAAACUGGGGGAUGGGGAGAAAGGCGGCAGCCUGGUCACCUCCCCCUACCGCGAGCCUGUGUCUCCCUCCAGCCCGCUUCGCGUGGAGCACUUGUUUGACACGGUGCACGCGGUGGGAGAGAGGAGAGCCGUUAGUGAGAUUGUCCCCUCGGCACAGCUGGAGGACAAGGCCAUGACCCUCCGUUCCAGGCAUUCUGAGGGGAACAGGCCAGCUAGGGCUGAGCCUGUGGAGAAGAGACCUGCUCGGGUCCAAGGAGACCUCAGUUCGACUCAGAGGGGAGCACCAGCCUCCCAACAUGAACAGGGACCACGCUACCUCAGGGUUGGAGCUCUGCAGAAGUGGAAUACCUCUGAGGUGGAUAGGGGGGCAGAGGUAGAGAAAGGAAGGCAAAGGGAAAAGGAGAGGGAGAGAAAGGAGGAGGAGAAAGAGAGGCAGAGGGAAGCGGAGAGGAGGAUGCAAAUGGCUGUAGAGAGGGAGAAGCCGACAGAGCAGGACAGGGAGAGAGAGGAAGUGGCAGCACCGAAGCGUUUGAAAAUGCUGGAGGCAGAUGAGCAGCCACCCAAACCCAGGGCCACCUACUUUGCUCUGACUGGUCAGAUUCAGGAAGUCAUAUCCCAUGGGGAUGAGGGAACAGAGAAAGGGGACAUGGAAGUGCCCUUUGAUUUCUCUGUGAUGUCUGGACAAUGGGGUUCUCAAAGGAAGGUAAAAAGGAACCCCUCUCUAGUCAAAACUUUUGGUAAAAGCUCCCAAGGUCAAGAACAAGAAGAGGAACUGAUGGAGAGGAAGCAAACACAGGAAAGGAAAAGAGAAACGGCAUGGGACAGAAAGACCGGGAUGGAUGAGAUGGAAAUAGAAAAACAGAAACAAGUUCUUGAGGAAGUAAGAGAAUUGGAGAGGGAGAAAGAACGUCAGAGGGAGAGAAAGGAGUUUGAGAGGGAGAGACAGCUGGAAAUUGAGAGACAGAAACAGUUAGAAUAUGCUAGAAAGAGAGAGAUGGAGAAGCAGAGAGAGUUAGAAAGGGAGAGACAAAAUGAGUUGGAAAAGGAGACACAGAGAGAGUUGGAAAGACUGUGUGAGCUGGAGAGGGAGAGACAGUGUGAGCUGGAGAGGGAGAAAGAGUUUAAAAGGGAGAGGCAGCGACAGUUCGACUUAGAGAGACAGAAGAAGUUGGAGAGACAGAUGGUUGAAGAGUUGGAGGAAAUAAAAGAAAUGGAGACAAGGCAACUGUUUAGGUUUGAAAAGCAGAAGCAGGCUGAGAGAGAGAGACAACAGCUUCUGGAGCUUGAAAAGCAGAUACUGAGAGAGAAGAUGGAGAGAGAGGAGCAGGAGAAGAUGGGACAACAAGCAAUACAACAGGAGGUAGAUCAGGAGAGACGGAGGGAGGUAGACCGGGAGAGACAGAGGGAGCUGGAGCGGGAGAGACAGAGGGAGCUGGAGCGGGAGAGACAGAGGGAGCUGGAGAGACAGAGGGAGCUGGAGCGGGAGAGACAGAGGGAGCUGGAGCGGGAGAGACAGAGGGAGCUGGAGCGGGAGAGACAGAGGGAGCUGGAGCGGGAGAGACAGGGGGAGCUGGAGCGGGAGAGACAGAGGGAGCUGGAGCGGGAGAGACAGAGGGAGCUGGAGCGGGAGAGACAGAGGGAGCUGGAGCGGGAGAGACAGAGGGAGCUGGAGCGGGAGAGACAGAGGGAGCUGGAGCGGGAGAGACAGAGGGAGCUGGAGCGGGAGAGUGUAGAAGAAUUGGAGAUAAUAAAGGAGCUGGAGAGAAGACAACUGCUUGAGAUACAGAAUGAGACAGCGAAACAACAGCUUCAAAAGCAGAGACUGAGGGAGAAGAUGGAGAAAGAGGAGCAGGAAAAUAUGAGACAGGUAGCUAGACAACAGGAGGCAGAGAGACAGAGAAUCCUGGAGAGACAGAGGAGAGAGAGCCUGGAGAGGGGGGUGCUGGACUCCUUACCUCUCAGACCUAAAGUGCUGGAUCUAGACUCUGUGUCUCUGGGUGACCUGCUCUCCAGAGGCAGUCCCCACUCCCCUGGUGCCCGAUGGAAGCAUCCAUCUCCCCGGGGAGAGGACCACUACAGGCCUGGCAUCCUGGACAUAGACUCAUUCAGGUCCCAGACCCAGACGCAGCCCUCGCCCACUCGAGAGGUGUUCCCUAUUGCUGGCAUCAAGUGCUCAGACCCAGGUAGUGGGGUGAGAUCCCACACUCCAGAGAGGGAAGUUAGCCGUAGGGUGGGUGCAAUGGGGCGACCCAGCCCAGUGUGGGCCCCCUCUCAGCAGGAGCUGGGGGAGCAAAGGCUAGGAUUCAAUGAGGAAUCGGUGGAUAGGCCCAUGGCUGGACCAGAACCACCCAGGAAGCCUGCCAAUAAACCCAGCCUGGAGCAGCUCCUCCACAGGCAGUUGGACAGGGCCACGGCCCCCAUUCUGGUCCCAGAGAGACGCUGGUCUGGUAUGCCCAGUGAAGCAUCCUUCCCCAGGAGAGAGCCCCACAGCCCUAGGUCCCCCAUGGAGCAGACCUGGUUCCCGCAGGACUCAGGGCCCCAGGGGCACAGGGUAGAGGCCAGAGGACAGAGGAGAUCUCAGGGCUCCCAGGAGCUGAACCGGAUGAGGUCCCGCAGUGUGUCCCGUCGAUCAGCCCCGUCUGAGAGUGCUGUGGAGGGGAGCCUGUCCAGGAUGAGGAGCAGGAGUGCACAUAGAGAGAGGGACCGACAGAGCUGGGAGCAGUUGAAGCAGAGUGUGGAUGGUGAGGAAGAGGGGCGUGACAUCGACACACUGGUCCACGAGGCAGACAGCCAGUAUGGGACCUGGGAGACGGGACUGCGCACUGACGAUAGCCUGACUCCUGCCACGCCCACCUCAGACAGCAACCUCAGCCAGUCGCCUAGGAAACCCAUUCCGCCCCACACACCAGGGGAACAUGCCACACACAGCGACCUGGACACUCCAGAUGGCUUCUCCCCCUCGGUCCAGCCCGAGAUGCAACUACUCCCCUUCCCUGAGGCCUCCACCAUCCUGCUGGACUCCAGUGCUCUGCGCUCCAGGGUGCAGCUGAGUAAGUUGCGGGGGCCACGUUCGCGCCCCUCCAGGGUGGCUCGUCAGACUGCUGCUAUGUCUGUACACCCUGAGGGACAGACCUCGCCCACUGAGGACUGGCGCUCCCGAGACUCAACAGAGGACCACAUUGAGUUUUCCAAGCAGGAGGACUCAGACUCUGAGGAGCAGGAGAGGGGAGUAGACCCCCGCUCUGCUGCUGCCUCCUCCCAGCCCCAGAGAGUCGCCCUCUUUCCUGGGAUGGACCCCUCCGCUCUCAAGGCCCAGCUCAAGAAGAGAGGAGACUCUGAAAAUCAGACAGAUGGAGCCGGAGCCGCCCCAUCUCCAUCUCAGCUGUCACGAUCUCCUAAAUCCCCCUUCCUGCCCCGGGUGUCCCGUGUGCUGCCCCCCUCUGGAGGGAAAGAAAAUGGGGAGGAGGCCUCACCACAGUGGCUGAGAGAACUAAAGUCUAAGAAGCGCUCGAGUCAGUAUGAAAAUGACAGCUAAGUGUGAAUGAGCAGGUUGCCUUAACUGAAUAAUCUGGUGGAGAAUUGGAGACAGAAGCCUUAACCUUUGACCCUGAGAAGAUGGAAACUCUGCUGCUGACAUUGUAAUUUGUCAUCGGUUUGUUAAUUAUAUCUGUUCUCUUCCUGCCCGGGUCGUAUACAUGUGCAUGGUGCCUUUUUGCAGACAACCUCGGUCUUAUGGAUGAAACGACCCAGGUUAAAUAUCUGGCUGCUCGGCUCCGUUUGUCCAUUUACUUUGCAUAGAGCCACUUUACCCUCUCACCUGACGGGAGAAUACAGAAUGGGGGGAAACCCUUUUCCUCCUGUCAGGUUGCAUUUCAGGACUGGUUAAACUUGUGGGACCACACGCCUCUUAACCUGGAAGUGCUUCAAUAAGCUGGAGGACAGUCUAGUACUUCCACAAGAUAUAAAUGUAUUUCUUUUUUUAAAUGUAUUUUUCAGGUUCGUCUACACGUUACAUUUCUAUGUGUAUCUAUCAGUCAAGGGGUGUUGGUAAUAGUCAACAUAGGAUAACAUUUCUGAUUUUAUUUUUUUGUCAUUGAUCAUAAAGAACAAAAUACUGCUGAACUCAUGUUUGGCCAGGCUGUAUAUUAUGUGUUAGUAAUAAAUAUGGUAUCUAAUCAUGAAAUAUUAUAUUUGUAUUGUUGCUAAUUUGACAGAUGAAUCAUAACAUGUCCGAGUGUUUAGUUUUGUACGGAGAGCAUUGCAAGUAUCACUACAGCAGAGGCUCCCAAGCCCAUUCCCCUGAUGAACUGACUGGGAAUCUGUUGUGUUGACCUAAUGCAGCCCCUUCUAACUGAUGUGUGAAGAAAAAUGCUGUGUGUUCGGUGUGUUUUCAAUCGUAAUGUCUAAAUAUCUGUUUCUACUGGUGUUUGUAUUUCUUAAGGAUCCCCAUUAGCUGCUGCCAAGGCAGUUCUAUACAGUUAAAUAAUAACACUGUUCACCACACAUUGUGUUCCUUCAGGCCACUACUCUACUGACACAUAUCUACAAUACAACAUCCAUGUGUGUGUAGAGUGCAUGCGGGGUGGAAAAGGGGAAGAGAAGGGUUAAUCACAUUGGAGGACUCAAUUAUACUCCUACACACACACACACACAUACACAAAUCAGCCUGUUCUUCCUCCCUUUACCUUCACUUACCUCUUCAGUGUAAGAUCAAAUGAUUGUGUGUAAUAGGGAUGGAUGAGUGUAAGGAAAAUGUGAUGGAUGAGUGUGUAAGGAUUGCAAGGGAAAUGGUCUAACUGUAUGUGUUACCAAUGAGCCAUACAUUCAAUGUGCACUCCCUGGGCUCUGUUUUAUCAGGAUGUCUGGAACAUCUCUCAUUUAGAGGGAGACUUUACCCACCUAUUAUUUUAUCACUACAUCACUGUUGACAACAUGCACGUGCGUGUAGAAUCUCAGCUUCUUUUCCAUCACUCUUUGCUCAGACACUGAAUGGACACACCAAGUAGCAGUGGUACAAUCAUACAGUCUGGAUAUCAUGGAUUCAUCCACACAAUUGUUAUGGUCCCAUUGUGCACAUGGUCAGUGCAGUGAUGUGGAUGUAUAGUGGAAUGGUAGGAGUAUGGCUUCCACUACUCCAGUGGGGAAUGUGAGUAAAGUAUAUGGCUUUGAGAUGAGGGUGGGUGGUUAUUUUCCCCUAUUCUGCUGCACAUUACUAUUUGCACCAGUUGUUUUAGAGUGUAGAGCUGACUUAGGCCAUGCCCCUGACCAUGUUAGCCCUGCCCCUGACCAUGUUAGCCAUGCCCCUGACCAUGUUAGCCAUGCCCCUGACCAUGUUAGCCCUGCCCCUGACCAUGUUAGCCCUGCCCCUGACCAUGUUAGCCCUGCCCCUGACCAUGUUAGCCCUGCCCCUGACCAUGUUAGCCCUGCCCCUGACCAUGUUAGCCCUGCCCCUGACCAUGUUAGCCCUGACCAUGUUAGCCAUGCCCCUGACCAUGUUAGCCCUGACCAUGUUAGCCAUGCCCCUGACCAUGUUAGCCAUGCCCCUGACCAUGUUAGCCCUGCCCCUGACCAUGUUAGCCCUGACCAUGUUAGCCAUGCCCCUGACCAUGUUAGCCCUGACCAUGUUAGCCAUGCCCCUGACCAUGUUAGCCCUGACCAUGUUAGCCAUGCCCUGACCAUGUUAGCCCUGACCAUGUUAGCCAUGCCCCUGACCAUGUUAGCCCUGACCAUGUUAGCCAUGCCCCUGACCAUGUUAGCCAUGCCCCUGACCAUGUUAGCCCUGGCCCUGACCAUGUUAGCCAUGCCCCUGACCAUGUUAGCCCUGACCAUGUUAGCCAUGCCCCUGACCAUGUUAGCCCUGACCAUGUUAGCCAUGCCCCUGACCAUGUUAGCCCUGGCCCUGACCAUGUUAGCCAUGCCCCUGACCAUGUUAGCCCUGACCAUGUUAGCCAUGCCCCUGACCAUGUUAGCCCUGACCAUGUUAGCCCUGACCAUGUUAGCCAUGCCCCUGACCAUGUUAGCCAUGCUGCACUGUCCCACUAAUUCCAUUACGCACUUUGUCAGUUAAUGCACUACAGCACUGACCUGUGCACUGGCUAUUCUGUUGUACGUCCCACCUACCACAUGUUCCUAGACCGAUGUUGGAAUGCUAAUGGAAUGGAAGUGAAUGUGUUGAUUGGAUCUUUGGAGUCGUUGUCCCUAUGGUGUCCAUGGCGUUUGACUUUGCCAUGACUUUUGUCAGUUUGAGGGUUUCUUAUUUUCUCUCGUUUUUAUUUUUAAAAAUAAAAUGUGUAUAUUUCAUUGUUUUAAUGCCAGUGUCCAAAAUUGUAACUUCUUAAUAAAAUGUACUGAGUUGA